UCCAGCGGUCCAAAGCCGGACUUCACGCCAAACAAGGACGCUACUUUCCGUUCACUCACAGUAGGAAAGCCGCAGGCUGGUGUGGGGCCUACCGCUGAAGCACAUAGAUGAGUUUCAAAACAGAUCCCGCUACACUUCUUACAUUUGGGUUCCUGGAAUCAUUGCGAAGGCUUUUAAUUGCACUGAAGCUACAGAUGAAGACAUGAUGAUGAAGAUACUCUCUUUAGUGAUGUCAGGCUGGCACGUGAGCAGUGAUGCAUUGUGAAGCACAGCUGAUACAACCACCUGAUGGCAGCAUGUCAUGCAAGUGGUGCCGGGCAAGGCUUGACCAUUGAAAUUUUGCAGGUAAUGCAGGUACAUUCUCAGUCUAUUUUUCUUAAUCAAGAUUAGAAACAUUUAGAUUUGAAUCUAAAUUAAAUAAAUAUCAUUAAAAUAUAUGUUUCAAACUGUCAACACUUUAGUUAAAUUAAGAUUAAGAAAUUAAGUUCAAUAUUCAAAAGCAACAAUAACAUCAUGACAUUAUGCUGCUGAAACAUAAUGUUUCAAAUGAUUUGUGUGUGUGUGUGUGUGUGUGUGUGUGUGUGUGUGUGUGUGUUUACACUGGCCAGGAGCCACUUUCUUUAGGAGUGUUUUUAGAAGAGCUAAUACUCUCCUUCACCUUAAAUCACCCUCACCCAGUUUAACCUCUCUGCUACUUUAGUAUGUUAUCUUCUUUCUUACUGUAUAUUUCUGUCUGUAGCAUGCCAGUCAACUGUGUCCACAAAUCAUGCACUCAGUUAAUAUACAUUCCCCUGGUUUCACAGAUAAGGCUUAAGCUAGUCCUAGACUAAAAUGCGUGAUUGAGCUGUUUUAACUGAAAGCAACCUGUACUGACAUAUCUUAAAAUAUGUCAGUGCCAUUGUUUUGUAUCAAGAUGCACACCAGUAAUGUUUUUUUUUUUCUCUAGUGAACGUUUAUAAAAGAUAUUUAAAUAUCCUAAUUGAACUAAGUACACUUCAUAGCAGGCAAAAAUGGAUCCACUGCUGUUUGACAACUCGUCACAUAUUAUUUUAAAAAGUCAUAAAUGGAUCCCACUUUGAUAAAUGGAGCAGUUUUCAAGUGAUUAAGAAUCCAUCAUCAUCAGCAAGGUGCACUUCUAGCCAACAUUUUGCAUAAUUCAUUUGGCAAGUGUAAUCCCUUUGGUUCUACUCACACCGCUUCAAGCGGGAUCCGAACCGGCGUUUCCAGCAUGAGAGGCGGGCACGCUAAAAACCACAGCCUUAGUCGCUAAUGCACUAAGGUUUUACCUGCACAUCUCUUUACUAGCUGGCCUCUGUUACACUAGUUCGCCAAAACGUGGUUUGACCUCCUUGUGCACAAGAAAAGUAACUGCUAAGUUUAACUCAGAUGGGGUUUGGCCAGGAUCAGAAAUAGCAGUUUUGAAGCCUUAGCUGGGUGCCUGGCAACACGUAUAGGGCUCAGGAUAGAUCUGCUGCUGUUUAAGGAGGACUGGAUUGAAUCAUGUGUGUAUUAACUGAUUAGUGAGCUCUGGGAAUCCCAUUAGAGCCAAGCUACCAUUGCUAAUGCUGAUUAAGUCCCUCUAGAGCCCACCAUAGACCACAGUCCACAGUAAAAUCUCAUCCUCUCCCAGUAAUGAAGCUGCAUGAAAAGCACUCAUUUUUUUUUACUUUUCAUUUCCAUUAAUGUGAUGCACUAUUUUGUAGAUAAAGACUGUGGCUCUGUGACUAGCUUUAUCUGUGAUUAGCUAUGACAGUAGGCCUACAUCCAUGGUGACCAUAUGGUCAAUGUGUUCAAUAAGUCUACCCAUAUUUCUCUGUCUGGUUUUUCCUCAUUUUCCUAACGUGAAACAACAUUAGUGGUGCUUGCUAAGGCAAGCCUUACUUGCUUAGGUUUAGGUGUUUGUAGAAAUCCCCAACUUUAAGUAUUAAACUUAUUUUCUAAGCAAUCAGACUAUUUUCACAUAGUGAAUGAACAACCAGAACACCCUAGUCACCUCCUAGCAACACCCUUGUAGCAACUACCCACAAACUGCUAAUGUCUUGGCAGCAAGUUUAGCGCAGGCAAGUACCAUUCACGUUUACUUCAGGAAGUGUGUGAUCAAGAAUGUGCACUUAUUUAUUUCAGAACGAUGGUUAUGGACAAACUCGUUCAUUUAUAUAUGAUUACACUGAAGGGUUCACAUAAAAGAGUAGGUAGUACCAUUGUAAUUGAUUGUGGUGUUUUGGACAUGUACAGUAUCAUGGUAUGUAUCUAAGUAUAUAUGUAUAAGUAAAUGGUACAUCAUGUGUCAUGAAUCAGCAAUUGAAACCAUUACUGUAUCCUGGUACAGCAAUAGUAAGGGAGCAAGUGUUGUGCUAGUUGACACUGAGUCACUACCUUUUAGUUUGCAUUGUUUAGUAUUUCCUGAUUUUGCCUUGUGAAGACUUUCUCCUCAUCAGGUCACUGUCUGAAGUCUUGUGCAUAGUGCACAAUUAGUAAAUUCUGUCUCAAGCACUUUAUCCAGCUUAUAGCCAACAUUAACUGAUCCUACUGACCUGCUUAGCUCAGUUCAGCCAAUCACAUGCUUUCUUUUGAUAUCUUUUACUCCUCUGCCCUGCCUCUGUUAUUUUAAAUAUAAAUGUCGUGUCAAAAUUGUAUGUGUCAUUUUACAUGGAUUUUCAUCCUGUCUGCACGUAUUUUGUAUUCUUUGCAUUUACAUCGUUUACCCUUUUAUCUUAUUUCAUGAGAGAUCUAUUGACAGAAAUCUCCCAGAAGUGUUAAGGUACUGAACUUUGACCCUGAAGGGCUCUUGUUAGCUCAGGUUUUCUCUACUGUGCAUCAUGUGAUGUCAGUGAUGGAUGCUUUGAGUAGCCAGGGCAUGAGUGCUGAGUAAGUAAUCCUAUUUGGGAAACUUGAGCUUCCGUCUCGCUUUCGGCGUGGCAAUCUGUUGAUCGCUUCUCAGCUCAUUGAAUUGGAAAAACGUGUUGUGCUUUUUCUUCACCAAGUUGGUAUAUAGAUUGCGUAGAUAUUUUGCCUAUGUCUUUCUUUACCUGCGUUUUGAGAAGAAUGCUGUGCAUAACAACAAUAUCUAGGAUGAAGAGAAUCAAAGGAAUGACUCUUUGAUGGAGGUGAAGAAGUGGAUUUUUCAAAGAGCAGCAAAAUGUACAAAGAAGUGUUGGGAAGUUUAUUACUUCACAGAUGCAGAUGACCCUGAAUGGGCCACCUAAACUCCUCUCUGAAAAGGAGAUUCAGCGAGUUCCUAUCUCAUGGGUAAUGGUGGCAAGAUAAGCCUGUGGUUGUCAUGGUAACAUUCAGUGACACGACUGACAUUCACAAGAUGCAGCCACCAUCCUGCAUACCCACUCCAAUGUCACCAGGUGUACGGCGCAAACAACUGCUGUGGCAGAACGCCGUGAAACACAUCAUCAGCCAACGGGGGCUGAGGCAGCAGUUCGGCAUGGAGCCGGCCCAGAAGAUUCACGUCACUGAUGCCUAUAUUGAGGAAAUCAACCAACAGAUACGCAACAAAGCAUCACGGGGUAUGACUAAACGGCGUUCCUCGGUCGCCAGAGUUCAUCCAUCCUUUUUCGGGGAACGCGGCAGUUCAUCUAGUACGCAGACUGGAGCCUCUGCGGACUACGUCAGUGAUGCUGACUUUUUUGUGCACUGGGGCCACAUCAUCCAUGGGGUGUAUGUGCCAACAUUGAGACACAUCUUCAAAUCCAAAGAUCUCGAGAAACUCUACCAGCGCCAUUCCUCACACACUAGAAGAACCUCAUUAGUUGUCACGAACAUUAUUGAUGCAGCUGCCAAACUGCACCUCCUUUUGCUCUACCUGGCCAUGGCACCGGACGGUUCGGACAUACUGCUGGGCUGGUUUACAGGGUUCUUCAUGGCCUGCGCAACUGCCCUGUGUGUUUUGGUACUCACCUGUAAACGCUCACAUUCCCCAAGAUGGUUGCAUUACGCUGGUAUGGCUAGCUGGCUGUCACAGACUGCUCAGAUAUUGGGUGGGCUGGCAUACGGAUUGGAAAGAGACCAAUCCUGGUAUGUUCUGUUCACCCUGUUUGCCACAUACACUCUGCUGCCACUGUCACUGCUCUGGGCUAUCGGAGCUGGCACACUCACCUCCAUAUUGCACCUUAUUGCAGAGACCAUACGUAACCUCAGUGAAGUGGGACUACUAAGAAAGAUUCUCGCCAAGGCUUUACUGUACACAUGCAUGAACGUGGCGGGUCUGUUCAUUCAUUACCUGACUGACCGGUCCCAGAGACAAGCCUUUCUUGAGACACGCCGCUGCAUCGAAGGCCGCAUGAAACUAGAAACGGAAAACCAGAGACAGGAGCGUUUGGUGCUGUCGAUCCUACCCCGCUUUGUUGCCUUGGAGAUGAUUGCUGAUAUGACUUCUAUGGAUGAUGACCUCGAUCCUCAGCAAUUUCACAAAAUAUAUAUCCAUCAGUACAAAGAUGUCAGUAUCCUCUUUGCUGAUAUAAAGGGCUUCACACUAUUAUCCAUGAACAUGUCCGCUCAGGAGUUAGUGCGCUUACUCAAUGAGCUCUUUGGACAAUUUGACCGGCUAGCUGAGGAAUAUGACUGCUUGAGAAUAAAAAUCUUAGGGGACUGUUACUACUGUGUGUCUGGAGUACCAGAGCCUCAGCGAGCACAUGCCCGCUGCUGUGUGGAGAUGGGACUAGCUAUGAUCAGCACUAUACGAUCUAUAAGGAGACAACUGAACUUUGACAUGGAUAUGCGGAUUGGGAUCCACUCUGGCUCUGUUCUUUGUGGGGUUCUUGGUCUACAAAAAUGGCAGUUUGAUGUGUGGUCCUGGGAUGUAGGCAUUGCCAACAUGCUUGAAGCAGGGGGGAUCCCUGGACGCAUUCACAUUUCACGCGCUACUCUGGACUGCUUGGAUGGGAACUACCAAACAGAGGACGGGCGUGGAUAUGAACGCAAUGAGUUCCUGCGAAAACACAAAAUUGACACUUUCCUUAUCUGCCACAAGGAAGAGGACCUAGAUGAAAUUAAAGCAGAUCAUCCAAAAACCCAUCCCUGGAACAAAGAGGUUCCAUGUAGCAACAUCAUUGAUAUUAACUGUAUCUUGGCCUCCUUCUCCAGUGGCUCUUACACACAACUUCCUACAUCCUCAGUGUGCAGAUCCACGUCCAAGGAGAUCAACAAACGGAUAGAGCAUGCAGUUGAUCUCCGCAGCAGUGAGCGCAUGCGUCAGGAGCACAUCACUCCAGCCACAUUGGUGUUUAAGGAUACACACAUUGAGGAGAAGUUCUCACAGGUGAGGGAUGAGAUGUUUAAAACCAAUUUAGUAUGCUCCUUCAUCAUGUUUCUUCUCCUCAUGACUGUCCAAGCCCUCAUCCCUGUACCCAGGUUGUAUCACUGGACAGCAUUACAGUUUUGUCUGUUCUUGCUGGGAUAUCUAUUAUUGCUUGUGAUGGUCCUGGCUGAAGAGUUCAAACAUUCUCCUGGUAUCCUUCAGCAGUUCUGCUGCUGGAUCCAUGAAAACAACAGUAUGCGGAACAUUCUCACUGUCACAGCUAUAGCCAUUAACUUUGGCAUGGCCCUCUUUGACAUGAUAUGGUGUAACUCUACUGAGACAAGAGAAAUAAACACCAGUGAAACAGAGGAAUAUCAGACCAGCCAGAAGACGCUUACUGCCUGCACCUAUCCAGAGUUCUUCAUUCUGAGUGGGGUGGUUUCUAUGGUGACCUGUGCUGUGUUCCUGAGGCUGAGCUCUCUCUUGAAGUUGACUAUUCUGUUGUUGGUGGUUGCCAUCUAUACUUACUUCAUCGAAGUGUCCUUCCACAUGCUGUAUGUACAACAACCAGAGCAGAAGCAGUUAAGUAGGUCCCACUACCUCAGAAGAAAGGGAGUCUCAAUUCUGUUGAUGGCAAUGUUCAUCGUAGCUGUGUUCUACAAUGGACGACGGUGGGAGGCCACAACAAGGCUGGACUUCCUAUGGCGUUUGCAAGCUCAGCAGGAAGUGCAGGAGAUGAGAGACCUGAGGGAACACAAUGAGUGUCUACUGCAUAACAUCCUGCCUGCACAUGUUGCUCGUCACUUCCUAGAGAGGAACAGACAUGACCAGGAGCUGUACUCUCAGUCCUAUGAUGAGGUGGGGGUGAUGUUUGCCUCCAUCGCUGGCUUUAAUGACUACUAUGAGCAGAAGGAGAUCAAACACGAGGGAGUUGAGUGUCUCAGACUGCUCAAUGAGAUCAUUGCAGACUUUGAUGAGUUGUUGGAGGAAUCAUAUUUUUUGGACAUUGAGAAAAUCAAAACCAUUGGCAGUUGCUACAUGGCAGCAUCUGGUUUAUCACCUGAUAAACAGUCUCGUGUUGUGAAUGACCUACAUCAUCUCAGUGAGUUGGUUCUGUUCGCUCUGGCUAUGCAGGAGACCCUGAGAGAGAUCAACAAACAUUCUUCAAACAAUUUCCAGCUGCGUGUUGGAAUUGCCCAUGGCCCUGUUGUUGCUGGGGUCAUCGGUGCCACCAAACCCCAGUAUGAUAUCUGGGGCAUGACAGUGAAUUUGGCAAGCCGGAUGGACAGUACUGGAGUCAGUGGAAGGAUUCAGGUCCCUGAGGCCACACGUAAUAUUCUAGCAGACUGGGGCUUCGUGCUAGAGUUACGUGGUGAGAUAUACAUCAAGGGCGUCAGUGAGAGAAAGGGACGUGUCCGAACGUACUUCAUCAGCACCAAAAGGCGUCAGAUGGCAAGCAGCGGUAUUGCAGACAGAGGAAAGAAUGGACGCAGUGGGAGGACCACCCUGGCCGCUGUGGUCUUUGGCCUUGUACAGGCUAUUCACAGAGAGAAACAGAGAGGUACCAAUGGAGGUUUCACUCUGCCAAACAGCAACUUUAGCCACUUAAAAUUAUGAUGUGAAACAUCAAACCUGGAUUCACUGUAACUUGAGUUGAGACACUGCCUUCAUCUUCAAAAGGAUACCUCAAAUAUCAUAUAAUAUCCUCAUAAUGACUUGUCUAUAGAACACAAGUAGAAUAAUGGAAUUAUUGAAAUUAUAUUCUCAUGAAUUUGGAACUUCUUAUUAUGAAACAAUCUAAUGAGACUUUGCAGGUAUAUAUUUUACUUUGCUACAGCCAAUGUAAACGUUCAGAUAAUCAUGUGAAAAAGGCGGUUUACAGAAUUGUUCCUUAUUCCUGCCAUGACAGCAUAAAAUACCUCAUAUGUACCACAGAUACAAAUUGUGUACUAAACUGUCACUUCUUUGUAGGUUUCAUGAUCACUACAAUUAUUUUGUACCCCACAAGAAUAAUAAAGAAGAUAAGAAAAUGUAAAAUAUUUGUUUUUAAAGUUAAAAUAUAGUUUUAUAAGUUAAUCGUCUAUAUUUUAUUCUUUGCUUUUUCUGCGUUUACAUCAGAGGUUUGUUUCUGAUUUUCACUGAGAUGUUAAUAUAUAUGUAAAUGCCAUUUAAAAUGUAAAUGUACCUGUGUAACAGCCAUUUUAUAUUGCCUUGGAACUGAACUGUAGUCAGUAAUGUGUGCUAAAGGGGAUAUUUACACAUACACCUUUAUUUACCAAGAAAUACUUUCAUAUAACUAAUGUUUAAUGAUCAGAGGAUCUUAUUUAAAAUAGAAAAUGUCACACUUAACACCCACACACGUUCACCACAAACUAAUUUUGCAGUCUUUUUGUAGAAUUUGUCUAAUAUUCCUCUAAAAAAAAAACUACCAUGAUAACACCAUGGUAUUCUUUCUUCUAGUACACAUUGAAUUACGUGAAUUUGCAUAAUGGAACAUUUUGCAUAGGCCUAUAUUUAUAUGUAUGAAU